AACCAUACGGGGCAGUUCUACUCUGUCCUAUAGGGCCUCUAUGAGUCACAACAGACUUGGUGGCAGUGGGUAAUACAGCUCUUGGGGAGGAAGACCUGGCGAUCUGUUCCCGUAAAGAUCACAGCUUAGGAAACCUUAUGGGGCAGUUCUCCUCUGUCACAUGGGGCCGCCAUGAGUUGGAAUUGACUCAACGGCACCCAACAACAACAACCACAAUACAGUGAGAAGGAAGUCACUUCAAGCAAGUCAAGUGGAGGGGACCCUGCAAGAUGUGACUCACUGGGGGUCAGCGUGGGGUGUGUCUCCCACAUUGCUGCUUUCUCACUUUUCUAAUCCAGUGCUGCUUUCUAGCUAGACUAGAAGGUGACCUGUUAAGAAGUGGUCUUAGCAUCUGAAGUACAGGCUUUGCUUGGACGAUAACCAGGCCUGUUUGUCCCUUUCCAGUGGAAUUCUUGUACUGUGACCUGGCUUCCAUGAGCUCCAUCCGGCACUUUGUACGGCAGUUCAAGGCAAAGAACAUUCCUCUCCACGUCCUGGUCAACAACGCUGGGGUCAUGAUGGUCCCGCAGCGGACCACCAGGGAUGGCUUCGAGGAGCACUUUGGCGUGAAUUACCUGGGGCACUUCCUGCUGACCAACCUGCUCCUGGACACGCUGAAAGAGUCGGGGUCCCCCGGCUGCUGCGCGAGGGUGGUCACGGUGUCCUCGGCCACACACUACGUCGGCGAGCUCAACAUGGAGGACCUGCAGAGCAGCUGUGGCUACUCGCCGCCUGGAGCCUACGCCCAGAGCAAGCUUGCCCUGGUCCUGUUCACCUACCACCUCCAGAGCCUCCUGGCCUCUUCGGGGAGCCACGUGACUGCCAACGCGGUGGACCCUGGGGUGGUCAACACGGACCUCUAUCGGCACGUCUUCUGGGGCACGCGGCUUGUCAAGAGGCUCCUCGGCUGGCUGCUGUUCAAGACUCCCGACGAAGGGGCUCGGACCUCCAUCUAUGCGGCCGUGGCCCCGGAGCUGGAAGGAGUUGGCGGGCGCUACCUUUACAACGAGGAAGCAACCCAGUCCCUCCAGAUCACGUACGACAAAAAGCUGCAGCGGCAGCUGUGGGCCCGGAGCUGUGAGAUGACCGGGGUCCUGGAUGUCACCCAGGACGGCCUCGCGGGUUAGCUGCUGCAGCAGGGGAAGCCUUUGUAUCCAGCAGGCUGCUCUCAAAGCCCCUGGGACUUCCAUGUCUCAUGCCCGGUGGCCUCCGGAGCUGUGUCUGAAUAUCCAGCGUUGGUGGCCCCGUGCUGCUCAGGACAUCUUAGACAAUUUUUUAAAAAACCAGCAAAAGGAAUGUUGGGCAGAACCAGGAGAAUGUGGACCGAGGGAUAAACCUUGGGACCGCAGCGUGCCAAAUUCCUCCUGUGUGGUCUCAGGUGCCACACACCAUUAAACCGUUGCACCCGAGCGUGGAGUCUUCUUUGCACGGCACAGGGGGACCAGGAGAUGUGGGUCAAAACGUGCAAGCUAAGAUGAGCGUGCUUCUUGGGGGACCUCAUUCUGCUCAAGGAGUCCUGGUGGCGCUGUAGUUAAAGCCUCCAGAAAAAGAUUUGGCAGUCUGCUUCCUUAAAGAUUACCCUUGUCACCGAAUCCAUUCCGACCCAUAGUGGCCCUAAAGGACAGAGGAGAACUGCCCCACAGGGUUUCCAAGGCUGUAAUCUUUACGCCACAGUGAGUGAGUGGAGGGUUGGGGUACAAAGGACCUUUGUGCUUUGCGACAAAGGGGGCGAGGCCCAACGAGCAUGGUUGAUCUUAGAUAUCAAUGAGGUCACAGGUGGAAGCGCUAAGCCAGGUCCCCUGGAGUUAGUUGCUUGUGAAUAAAACGGGAACCACAGAAUUGGCAGUGAUAAUGAGACUAUACAUAUAUUUUAAUUUGAUUAACAAACUUUUAUUAAAAAAAAAAGGGAUCCCUGGUGGUGCAAAGAGUUAAACGCUCAACCACAAACCAAAAGAUUGGAGGUUCUGGCCCACUCAGAUGGCCAGGUGUUUUUUCUGCUGUGCCGUUGGGUGAAUGCAAACCAUCAACCUGUCGGUUAGCAGCUGAGCACUUAACCACUGCACCACCGGGGCUCCUUCUGUAAAGGUUACAGCCUAGGAAACCCUAUGGGGCAGUUUUCCUCUGUCAAAUGGGGUCGCCAUGAGUUAAAGUCGCCUCAACAGCACCUAACAACGGGGGCCAAAAGGAGUCCUCGGUGGCACAAAGGUAUAAAUGGUUACCAUACCUACCCACUGACGGAAAGGCUGGAGGUUUGAGUCCUCCAGAGGCACCUCAGAAGACAGGCCUGGCUAUAUGUACUUCUGAAAAAGGAACCAUUGAAAACCCUAUGGAGUACAGUUUUACUCUGACACACGUAGGGGCACCAUAGCCAGGGCUGACUUCAGAGCAACUAACAAUAACGGCGACGGCAUGUAAAGGAGUUCCUGGGUGGUGCAAAGAGUCAACACGCUCGGCUGCUAACAGAAAGGUCGGACGUUCGAGUCCACCCAGGUGUGCCUCGGAAGAAAGGCCUGGUGAUCUACCUUGAGAAAAUCAGCCAGUGAAAACCCAGUGGAGCACAGUUCUACUCUGAUGCACAUGGGGGCGCCGUGAGUCUGCUCAGACUCAAGGGCAGCUGGCCUAGUUGCUUGGCAUUGGGACCCAACCUCCCUCACCCACCAUUCAGGCAAGGAUGGCUCCAUCCUGUCUCAGAAGCUUCCCUGGGUUUCCAAAGUCCCACAGAGAGAGAGACGAACCACCUGAGAUGCUCUCAGAAGGGCCUUACGGGAUCUGCUGCGCGCACACUGAGCUGGGAGACUGGUGACCCUGGGUCAGCUCACGGUCCAUCUUCUUGGUGGACAGAACACUCCGAGGGUGUGGAUCCCUGCUGGCACAUACCUGCCUUGUAAUCACAGUCAGCAAUGCGUCCAGGUGGGGUUCAAAUCAGAACAUGAGGUGUGAGCAAUUUUAUCUACUGCUUGGUGGUUCUAAGAUGGUGUCUUAGUCAUCUAGUGCUGCUGCUAUAACAGAAAUACCACAAGUGGAUGGCCUUAAUUAAGAAAAGUUUAUUUCCUCACAGUAAAGUAGGCGAAAAGGCCAAAUUCAGGGCAUCAGCUGCAGGGGAAGGCAUUCUCUCUCUGUCAGCUCUGGAGGAAGGUCCUUGUCAUCAAUCUUCUCCUGGUCUAGGAGCUUCUCAAUGCAGGAACCCCAGGUCCAAAGGAUGGGCUCCACUCCUGGCGCUUCUUGCUUGGUGGCAUGAGGUCCCCCUCCUCUCUCCUCACGUCUCUCUUUUAUAUCUCAAAAGAGAUUGAGUCAAGAUACAACUCAAUCUUGUAAAUUGAGUCCUGCCUCAUUAACAUCACAGAGGUUAGGAUUUACAACACGUAAGAAAAUCAUAUCAGAUGACAAAAUGGUGGACAACCACACAAUACUGAGCAUCAUAGCCUAGCCAAGUAGACACACAUUUUGGGGGGACACGAUUCAAUCCAGAACAAGGGGUGAAGUGGCUCUGUUGAACAAUUGUGUAAUCAGCCAUUGCCUGGAAUGGAGCCGCCUUUAGUGAUUUAGUAAGGCUGUAUCAGUUCCCUAGGGCCACCAUAACAAAGUACCACACACUGGGCAGCUUCAAACAAGAAGUGACUCUCUCUCAGUUCUAGAGACCACAAGUCUGAGAUCAAGGUCUGGGCAGGGCGGUGCUCCCUCUGGAGGCCGUAGGGGAAGACCCUUCCUCGUCUCUUCCAGCUUAUGGCGGCCCCAGGCGUUCCUUGGCUUGUGGCCACAUCAUUCCAAGCUCUGCUCCGUCUUCUCUCUGCAUCCUUCAAAAUUCCCUCUGCCUCUCUCUUACAAGGGCCCCUGUCAAUUGAAUUUGCCCCCCCUCCAUAUCCAAAAUGGAGCCCCGGUGGCAUAGUGGUUAAGCGAUAUGGCUGCUAACCAAAAGGUCAGCAGUUGGGGUCCAUCAGCCGCUCCUUGGAAACUCUAUGGGGCAGUUCUGCUCUCUCCUGUAGGGUCACUAUGAGUCAGAAUUGACUCGACGGCAACGGGUUUUUGUUUUUAUACUCAGGAUAACCCCAUCUCAAGAUUCUUCACUUAAUUCCAUCUGCAAAGACCCUAUUUCACAGGUACUGGGGAUUAGGAUGUGGACAGAUCUCUUGGGGGUGGGAGGAAUGCUAUCCAUGCCAAAUGAGCCCGAUUUCACGGGGCCAAAGGAAACAUCCAAGCCACUUUUGGUGACCUGACGAGCCACAGAAGGUUCUCCACUUGACUGUGCAGCCGCCAUCUUAGAAUUCUUCACGAAGCUUCAUCAGCGCCCACUUUUUCAUUUUGCAGUGGACCCCACAAAAUCUGUAGCCAGUCUUGGUCACGCCCCUCCCUCCACAAAAAGGGGAGGAAGUCAGUGCCUUGGAGGAGCCGUAGUCACCAGCACACCUCCUGUGAAACCAUCGCUGGGGUUGUGCCUGUUGUUGGCGGUCAGAAUUUCCGCAAGAGGUCAGUUGGUCUCGUGGUUCUUGUCUGCGCACUGGCUGUCUCAGUUAUCUAGUGCUGCUGUAACAUAAAUACCAUAAAGGGGGGGCUUACAUGAACAGACAUUUAUUUUCUCACAGUUCAGGAGGCUAGAAGCCCGAAUUCAGGGCACUGGCUCUAGGGGAAGCUUUCUCUCUCUGUCAGCUCUGGGGGGAGGUCCUUGUCUCUUUUCGGCUUCUGUUCCUCAGUUCCUUGGCCAUCUCUACAUGACAUCUGUCUUCCCUUGCUUCUUUUUCUCAUCUGCCCCUUUUAUAUGUCAGUAUUGAUGGGCUUGAUAGACAUACUGGUCUGACAGAGACUGAAGGAACACCUGAGACUAUGGCCCCAGACACCCUGCUAACUCAGAACCGAAGUCCACCUUUCAAACAUCAGACAGGCCUAUAAAACAAUAACACACGUGUGAGGAACGUGCUUCUUAGUUCAGUCUAGUAUCUGAGACCAAAUGGGCAACCCCUGACCAAAAGCUAGACAAGAAGGCAGGAAGGGACAGGAAAACUGGAUAAGUAGACACGGGGAACCCAGAGUGGAAAGGGAAAGGGGGAGAGUGCUGACACAUUGCAGGAUUGCAACCAACGUCACAAAACAAUUUCUGUAUAAAUUUUUGAAUGAGAAACUAAUUUUUGCUGUGAUCGUUCACGUAAAGCACAGUAAAAAAAAAAAAAAAAUUUUUUUUUUUUGGGGCUUUAACAAACAAAUUUAUUCUCUCUCAGUCUAGGAGGCUAAAAGUCCAAAUUCGGGGUAUCGGCUCCAGGAAAAGGCUUUCUCCAUUGUAAAAUACAAUUAAAAAAAUUUUUUUUAAGUGAUUGGCUUAAGACAUACCCUACACUGAUACAACCUUGUUAGCAUAAUAAAGAGAACCCUAUUUCCAAAUGGGAUCACAUCCACAGGUAGAGUGGUUAGGAUUCCGACACGUAUUUUGGAGAGACACAAUUCAGUCCAUAACAGGGAGCAAGUCAGCCACCUUGGGGGCACCCCACUCACCAACCUGGGAAACCAUCACUGUGGCUGGGCUGUCACUGGCAUCAGGAUUUCCCCAAGGGUCCAGUAGGGCUCAUGGUUCUUGUCUGCUUGGUGGGGGAGCCUCUGAAGAUGACCGAGGCUGGGCUUCCCUCCAGGGUUCCCAGGUUCCUCCAUCUGUUCAUCGGUGUUGACUUUAAGCUCCCCAAGUCACCCACUGGGGCAGUGAGAAGGGAGAUGGACCAGCUGAAGCCUCCAGCCCUCAUCCCAACACCUCUAUCUAUCCACAGUUGCUCCAAACGUUACCACGGCUCAGACGUUCCUGCUGAGCCCUGGAGCCCAGAUGAACGUGAAUCUGAAGUUCUCUUCCUACAUGGGACCAAGGUUGAGACACAUCCCAAACUAAAUAAUUAUGAACAACCAGGGCCAUGCACACCAAAGCUGACUCGAAUUAUGUUGUUGUCAGUUGCUGUUGACUCUGACUCAUGGUGGCCACAUGUACCACAGAAUGAAACAUCACCCGCUCUCUUGCGGUGUACCCAAAGCAAGCAAGCUGAAGUCUCUCCAUCGUCACUUCUAAGGAGUUUUCUGGUUGUGUUUCUUCUAAGACUGAUUUGUUUGUUCUUUUGGCAGUCUGUGGUAUAUUUAGUAUCCUUCUUUUAGUGAAUUGUCUUAGUUGCCAUUGAGUUGGUUCAGACUCGUGGCGACCCCAUGUACGACAGAACAAAACGUUGCCUGGUCCUGCGCCAUCCUCACAAUCGUUGUUAUGCAUGAGUCCAUUGUUGGAGCUGCUGUGUCAAUCCAUCUCAUUGAGGGUCUUCCUCUUUCUCGCUGACCUUCUACUUUACCAAGCAUGAUGUCCUUCUCCAGGGACUGAUCCCUCCUGAUAACAUGUCCAAAGUACUUGAGACAAAGUCUUGCCAUCCUUGCUCCUAAGGAGCAUUCUGGCUGUACUUCUUCCAAGACAGAUUUGUUCGUUCUUCUGUCAGUCUAUGGUCUAUUCAGUAUUCUUCGCCAACACCACCAUUCAGAGGCAUCAGUUCUUCUUUUAUCUUUCUUAUUUGUUGUCCAGCUUUUGCGUGCAUGUACACAAGGAGGUCUAAUCAAUCACGAAUAUAGUAGGAAAAGAAGAAACUUUGUGCAAAAUCCACAAGAGCUAAAAAAAAAUGGCUAUGAACAGGCUCAAUAAAAACCAUGGGAAACCUGUUUCAUUAAGAUAUAAAACAUAGCACAUAAAUGGAGACAUAGUUUAUUCAUGGAUAAGAACCAAAGAGCAAUGGGUUUUACCGUCCUAAAAUGAAAUCAGAUACUAUCACCUACAAAGUUAAAAACAUCCACACAAUGUAAUUUAUCAUCGUAAAAUAAUAUGCAUUUCUAAUACUCCAGUGCUCGAACCCCUGACCCCAGGAGAUGAUGACGCGAUCAGAUGGCUGUCUCUAUACGCUGAGUCCCGAGAAGGUGGCAGCUACAAAUGGAGGCUGUUACAAGUGUGUGGUCACAGGUCUGUGUGCCGACUGCAGUGGGAUUUCCCCAAAGAAUGAACAACCAAGCCAAGUCCAACCUGCUCUCUAUUGAGGCGGCAUUGUUGCCUGGAAAACCCAAAUCUUUGAGCUUAUAUGUAAACAGAGUUAAGGUCUAGGCUCUGUGGAAUUGUAAACAGGUUCCUCACCUGCUUGGAGGCCUGGCCAGACAUGCAAAAACAGCCAUGUGGGAGGUGAGAACGUUGGAGACUGGGUAGACUUGUCUUGUGUUUUGCAACAUGUCUAACACCCGGGGUUCCCCCCUACUAAAUUAAAUACCAGUGGGGGCCUCGUUCGAUUUGACAACCAGCACCCUAUCCUGGGCUCCUCAUGCAGUCCACACAGAGCGUCCCAGCAACACCACAGAAACCCACUGGGCUGUUGGAAAGUGUUUUGAAUUAUGUGCCCCAAAAAUGUGUUGUAAAUCCUUACCUCUAUACCUGUGGUAAACUCUGGUGGCGUAGUGGUUAAGUGCUAUAGCUGCUAACCAAAAGGUCAGCAGUUUGAAUUCACCAGGUGCUCCUUGGAAACUCUACGGGGCAGUUCUACUCUGUCCCAUAGCGUUGCAGAGUUGGAAUGACUUGAUGGCAACGGGGCUGGGUUUAUACCUGUGGUUAUAGUCCCAUUUGGGAACGGGUUGUCUUUGUUAUGUGAAUGAGGCAGGAUUAGUAUAGGGUGUGUUUCGAAUCAAUCUCUUUUGAGAUAUAAAAGAGAUUAAACAAGGAAGCCACAGAAGCAGAGAUGGGGGAAGAGAGAUACCAAGCCACUUGAAGAUCACCCAGGAGCAGAAGGUCAGAAGAGAGAAGGACCUUCCCCCAGAGCAGGCAGAGAGAGAAAGCCUUCUGCUAGAGCUGGCGCCCUGAAUUCAAAUUUCCAGCCUCCUAAAAUAUAAGAAAAUAGUUUUCUGUUUGUUAAAGCUACACACUUGUGGUAUUUCUGAUACAGCAGUGCUAGAUAACUAAGACAACUGGAGAUUAUAAAGAUUUAAAAAUAAAAUAAAAAGAUUAAAAAAUUUUUAUUGUACUUUAGACGAAGGUUUACAGAGCAAACUAGCUUCUCACUAAACAGUUAGUACACAUAUUGUUUUAUGACACUGGUUGCCAACCCCACGACAUGUCAACACUCUCCCUUCUCGACCUUGGGUUCCUCAUUACCAGCUUUCUGUCCCCUCCUGUCUUCUAGUCCUUACCCCAGGCCUGGUGUGCCCCUUUAGUCUCGUUUUAUGGGCCUGUCUAAUCUCUAGCUGAAGGGUGAACCUCAGGAGUGACUUCAUUACUCAGCUAAAAGGGUGUCUGGGGGCCAUACUUUUGGGGUUUCUCCAGUCUCUGUCAGACUAGUAAAUCUGGUCUAAAAAAAAAAAAAAAAAAA